GUUUCUUGUCAGCCUGGUGACCGCGGCGGUGCUCGCUGGCUGUUCCGAUUUGUUCCUCGAUUGGCAAAGUAUUUCUGCUAAGCUUUUCUCUCGUCGCCUGAUUUCUUGAGAAGUCGGUAAGCUGUCGGAGACAAUGAGUUCUUCUGAGGAAGUAUCGUGGAUAUCCUGGUUCUGUGGACUACGAGGGAACGAGUUCUUUUGCGAGGUUGAUGAAGAUUACAUUCAGGACAAGUUCAAUUUGACUGGCCUCAGUGAGCAGGUUCCUCACUACAGACAAGCGUUGGACAUGAUUUUGGACCUUGAACCGGAUGAUGAACUGGACGACAACCCAAAUCAGAGUGAUCUGAUAGAGCAGGCUGCAGAGAUGCUCUAUGGACUCAUCCAUGCCCGUUACAUUCUCACAAACAGGGGAAUCGCUCUCAUGAUUGAGAAGUACCAAAAUGGAGACUUCGGUUACUGUCCCAGGGUGUACUGUGAAAGUCAGCAGAUGCUCCCAAUUGGGCUUUCAGAUGUACCCGGAGAAGCAAUGGUAAAGUCUUACUGCCCCAAGUGCAUGGACGUGUAUGGACCCAAGUCAUCUCGGCACCACCACACGGAUGGUGCCUACUUUGGCACAGGCUUCCCUCACAUGCUGUUCAUGGUACACCCUGAGUACCGUCCUAAGAGGCCCAACAGUCAGUUUGUGCCCCGGUUGUAUGGCUUCAAGAUUCAUCCUCUGGCCUACCAACUGCAGCAGCAGGUAGCAGCCAACUUUAAGGCACCGAUUCGUGGCAUGAACUAUGGAAAUGGCAAACGUUGAAGUUUGAAACUACUGGAUUCCCUGCAACGCUCACCUCAUGAUGCUUUUGCCACUCCAGCAUCACUGCUUUCUUCGUCUUGUUCUCAAAAUCUUUUAUCUGCAGCACCUCUUCAUUGUUCCCCUUAGUUCGUUAGAUGUAUUCUUGUCUUGAAUUUGUCUGUGUGUGGCUCUUUUGUUUGGUAUUCAGUUUUUUUUUGUGUGUGUGUGUCUUAGCUCACUUUCUGCAUCAUGCGAGAGUGAAUUAAAAGCAGUUGUAUGUGUGGCACUUUGAUGUUUUGACAGCCAAACUAAGAAGCUCUCUCCCUUGUUUUAAAUUCAUUGAAAUCAAGUUUGAUUAUGUCAUACUUCUUGGUAUUUUCAAGCUCUGAUGGUAAUCAGUAGCUUUAUAUCUACAUCUGUCCUUUUGAUGGUUUAUCACUUGGGUCCUAAAAACUGUUACUUUUAUUUGAACAGGUCUCACGUAAACUGUUGUUUUUCUUA